AACCGGCAAGCGUAGAUCGGGCCAAUCAGGGUCCCUCGGCGGGGGAUUUGUGUCAUCGAGAUCAGGCAGUCAGCCAGCCGCGCAGAGAGGUGAAGGAAGCCAGGUUCUAGGCCGCCAAGCGAAAGUGAAGGGGCGCGUCCGUAGUUGGCGAGGAAAAUUGUUUCACGACGGGAGCCUUUGCUGACGGCACACCCGUGUGUCCCGGUGUUACCUCCCGGAGGGCGAAUUCUCAGCAGUUUCGUGUCCCGACCAGCCGGCGUAGUGCGAAAGUUAUGAGUAAAGUGUCCACGUUCAUUGGCUACAAGAACCAGCGACUCAAGACAUUAGGUCAACAGCAGCAUCAGCAGUCCCGGACGAUACCGCACUUGAUUGGAGUGAUCCGCCGUGAAACGCAAUAGGAUAACUGAACUGAUACGCAGAGUCCAGCAGCGUCAACCGGAAGCUCUUCCCAGGCCGGACCGAGCCGAGUAUCGCUGGCGGUAGGGAAACAGUUCCGGACCCAGGGCCAGAACAGCCUCACGAUGGUGGCCGGCACGGUCAGUAACUUUCACAGCGAAUUCCUCAACGACCCGGUCGUGAAGGAGAUGCGCCGAGUGCGGGAAGAAAACGCUCGCCGUCAGAAGCACGACUACUCACACGUGUUCCGGCGAAAGUCACGGAUCGACUUCAUCCGAAUCUCAGCCGUCAUCAUGGGCAUGGAGUUUGUGUACUCCGCGGAAACGGCCUUCGUGUCACCGAUCCUGCUCGGGAUCGGCAUCGAGCACCACCUGAUGACGAUGGUCUGGGGAAUCUCUCCCCUCAUCGGGUUCUUCCUGUCCCCAGUCAUCGGAUCGAUCAGCGAUCGGUGCCGUUCGAAGUACGGACGCCGACGUCCGAUCCUGCUCACGCUCGGUAUCGGGCUCAUCAUUGGCUGCCUGUUGGUACCGUACGGGAAAAACAUAGGCGCUUGGCUAGGGGACCUGGGCGAGAUCGCUGGUUCGGUCGAGGAUCCGUCGAUCGAACCGGUCUCGGCCCUGCUGGUCGACCUGAACGGGACCUCGCUGGUGGGCGACGUGUUCCGGUCGUACAACUUCUAUCGGGUCGACGAGGAGAUUGCCCAGCACCGGGUCGACUACCGGUGGGCGAUAGUGAUCACCAUCAUCGGCACCAUCCUGAUGGACUUCAACGCGGACAACUGUAUGACUCCCUCGAGGGCCUACCUGCUGGACAUAUGUCUUCCGGAGGAUCAUGGACGAGCCUGUAGCAGCUUCUCGAUUCUGGCCGGGCUCGGUGGCUCGAUCGGGUACGCGAUGGGCGGCAUCAACUGGGACAACACCUCAUUCGGCGAGUUCCUCGGUGGCAGCAUCAAAACGGUCUUCACGCUGGUGGUGGUGAUCUUCGCGAUCUGCCUCACCAUUUCGCUGACCAGCUUCCGGGAGAUCCCGCUGCCGUUGCUCGAGGGCGACGAACUGUUGCGCCCACUGACGGAGUCCGCCGUGAAGCGGGAGAAGGCACGCCGCGAGCAGCUCAUCUUCACCGUGAAGGACGUAAGCAAAACGCUGACCGCCCAGCUGCAGACGAUCCAAUCGCCUCACGAUCUGCCGGUUCCGCAAAAGAUCAACAAUGCGCUGGCCGCCGACGUCGAGCGGCCCGCGAACGGCGACGGCAGCGACGACGAGGACGACGAGGAGAUGCAGAUGAGCCCGAAGGACUUCAUCAAGAGCAUCGUCAUGAUGCCAAAGUCCAUCGCCAUCCUGUGCCUCACGAACCUGUUCUGCUGGAUGAGCCACCUCAGCUACGCGCUGUACUUUACCGACUUCGUCGGCGAAGAAGUGUUCGGCGGAAACCCGGCGGCCCCGUCCUCGUCCGCCGAGUAUCAGCUGUUCCUCGAGGGUGUCCGGUACGGGUGCUUCGGCAUGGCCAUCUACUCCAUCUCCUGCUCCACCUACUCGUUCACGAUCGAGAAACUGAUCAAGGUGCUGCGCGCCCGGACCGUCUACUGUGGCGGGCUGGUGAUCGACUCGAUCGGCAUGUGCUGUAUGGCGUUCUUCCCCAACAAGGUCACCGUGUUUGUGCUCAGCGCAACGGGCGGCAUCGUUUACGCGUUGCUUUUCACGAUGCCGUUCCUGCUGCUCGGCCAGUACCACGCCAAAGGAACGUUUAAGGUCAGCAAACCGGGCGCCACUGGUACACAGGAACGGAAGCGCGGCCUUGCCACGGACAUUGCCGUCGUCGGCGGUAUGAUAUUCGUCGCCCAGAUCACGGUGGCCCUCGGGAUGGGUUCGCUCAUCACGGUGUUCGGCACCACCUCGGUCGUCGUGUUUAGUGCCAGCAUCUGUAGCCUGAUCGCCGCGGUGUGUGCUUCACAGGUGGUGUACAUGGACCUGUAAACCGGUCCACGGCGGUCCUACUUUAGCCACGUAUGUUUGGAAAACGAACCAAAAAUAAUGCCCCAAAAUAAAUCCUUAGUACAUUAGGGUCCGCCAGGCUACCCAGCAAAGGGCUGCUGCUGCAUCGAUUCCACGCCCCGCCACUAUUUAUUGAACAA